AUGAGAAGUGAUCAUGGAAAAGAACCUGCAAAAAGAAUCUUGUAUAGAGAUUUACCAGAAGAGAAAAAGGAAGAGAUCCGUAGAAAACAAAGAGAAAGAUAUGCUAAACAAAAAGCAUCCAAAAGGAACUCGAUUCGUAUAAAUGAUUUCGAUACAUCUAUUGGUGAUCAAACGACUACGUCGAUUGCUCGAUAUUCAAACAAUGAUAUCCAAUAUACAGACAACAUUCAAGACUUUAGUCUUGUUCAAAGAGUAUCAAAGAGAAAGCGAAAUUCUGAUGUUCAUAUUGAUAUCGUUGAAGAGGAUUCGUCUCGUCAAGUAUGCGUUAUUCCUGAUGUUGAAGUCUGUGUCAUUAAUUCAGAGACAAAUUCAUCCAUAAACAAUGUCUUCGAAUCUUCUAAUCAACUCUUUAUCCCGCAGGAUCCACAUGUUGUUCAAGAGGAGUCGAGCUACGAUACAAAUAUGCUGACACCUUGUAGGGGUCAAUCGCAUCACGGUUCCGUCGGAUUUAGACAAUUGUUGAAGGUACUGCCAUUUGAAGCAUAUUCUCUGCCAUUAGUCCCCAGCUGCAUACAUUGUAAAGCAAAGCGAUUCCACCAUGAAACAACUGGCUUUUGCUGUGCUGAUGGAACAAUUUCUUUAGCCACAAAUGAUGUUCCUGAUCAGCUUUAUGCAUUGUUUACCUCCAACACAGAUGAAUCUACACAUUUUAGGACAUACAUUCGAACUUAUAAUAACAAGUUCGCUUUUACAUCCUUUGGAGUGAAGUUUGAUAAAGAUCUUUGCAGGAGAAAUAGAGGAAUCUAUACUUUUAGAACUCAAGGACAGAUCUAUCACUAUAUCAACGAUUUGGUUCCUUCAAAUCGUCAUCCUUCUUAUCUCCAGUUGUAUUUCUAUGAUACAGAACAUGAAUUAGAAAAUCGCAUUUCUGAUUCAAAUAGAAUGGAUCCAUCAAUUGUCACUCAACUCAUUGAUAUUCUUCGCAUCAAUCCGUAUUCUAUUUUUUUCCGCUCUCUUGGUGAUUUGCCAGAUUUGGAAAAUCAAAUAAUUCAUAUAAGAUCAGAUGCUGGCCUAGAUCAACGUGUAUUCAAUGCCCCCACAUCUUCACAAGUUGCAGCGAUAUGGGUAGAAAAUGAUGAUGAAGAUCAACUAAGAGGACGUGACAUUUUUGUCUUUAACCAUUCUGGUGGAAGUCAUAUAGUUCAGUACUAUUUUGGGUGUUAUGAUCCAUUGCAAUAUCCAUUGUUAUUUCCAUUUGGCGAUGUUGGUUGGCAUCAAGGGAUUGAAAGGAUUAGUAGAGGAAGGAGAUCUACAUAUAACGAAACAAACGGAUCAAUAAAUCCUCAACAAUCAGUGACUGCAGAAGAAUUACUUGCAAAAGAACAACGAGCGUCAAACAGAAAAAGGAAGGAUCCAGUUGUUUCAUGCCGUGAAUAUUAUUGCUACAAAUUACAAAUCAGAGAAAAUGUCAGAUCAAUUUUGCUACUUUCUGGUCGACUAUUGCAACAAUUUGUAGUAGAUAUGUAUGUUAAGAUCGAGACGUCAAGAUUAGAUUAUUUUAGGAAGAAGCAACAACAUAUUCGAUCAGAGUUAUAUCAAGGUAUUGUUGAUACAAUUACGCUUGGGGAAACAAACGCUUCUAAUGUUGGAAAACGAAUUAUACUACCUUCAUCAUUUAUUGGAGGUCCAAGAGACAUGAGAAAAAGAUAUAUGGAAGCAAUGGCUUUAGUUCAGCGUUAUGGCAAACCAGACAUUUUCUUAACAAUGACAUACAAUCCAAAUUGGAAAGAAAUUACAAAUGAACUACAUCUGCAUGAGGAGAGUCAGAAUCGACCUGAUUUGGUUGCUCGAGUCUUUCGUGCAAAACUAGAAGAAUUAAAGGAUCAAUUAUUCAAGAGGAAAAUAUUUGGUCAAGUCUUAGCAUAUGUCUACGUUAUUGAGCAUCAAAAGAGAGGUCUUCCACAUGCGCAUUUUUUAAUUAUCUUACAGAAGGAUUGGAAGGUCUAUGCGCCUGAAUCUUUUGACGAGAUCGUAUCAGCAGAGAUACCUGAUAAAAAUACAAACUUGCACUUGCAUAACGCUGUUGUAAAGCAUAUGAUGCAUGGGCCAUGUGGAGUGUUAAACCCAACAAAUGUUUGCAUGAAGAAAAAUGGUUGUUGCAAAAGUAAUUAUCCAAAAAAUUACGCAUCUGCUACAACCGUUGGAAAUGAUUGCUUCCCAAUAUAUAGGCGUUCAAACAAUGGAGUAACUGUCAAAGUCAGAAGUCAAAAUUUAGAUAAUCGUUGGGUUGUUCCAUAUAAUCCAUAUCUGCUUGCAACAUUCGACUGUCACAUUAAUGUCGAGAUUUGUUCUACGAUAAAAGCAGUCAAAUAUCUUUAUAAAUACAUUUAUAAAGGACAUGAUCGUGUUGCUUUCAACUUGAUUUCUGAACAAAACAAUCAACAAGUUGAUGAAAUCCAACAAUUCCAAUCGGCCCGAUGGAUUGCUCCCCCCGAAGCUAUGUGGAGAAUAUAUGGCUUUAUUAUUAAUGAGAUGUACCCAGCAGUGUAUAGUUUACAUUUACAUCUGGAGGAUCAACACCCAAUGACUUUCCGAGCAAAUGAUGAUCUAAUCAAUGUUGUCAACUUAGAUCGUUCUAGAAAAUCGAUGUUAACAGAAUUUUUUGCAUUAAAUCGAGUAGACGAGAAUGCAAAGAGAUUACUGUAUAAAGAAUUUCCAGAAUAUUAUGUUUGGAACCAACAAAACAAAGAUUGGACUCCUCGGAAAAAGAAAACUAUUAUAGGCCGUAUUGUUACAGCAAAUCCAUUUGAAGGCGAAAGGUAUUAUCUGCGGAUAUUGCUAAACCAUGUAAGAGGACCUUUGUCGUUUGACGAUCUCAAGACAGUUGAUGGUGUUGUGGCUCCAACAUUUCGCGAGGCAGCAACAAUGCAUGGGUUGCUACAGAGAGACAGUAGCUUAGAAGAUUGUUUACAGGAAGCAUCUUUAUAUCAAGUGCCAUCCAGUUUGAGACGGUUAUUUGCAACAAUAUUGGUUUAUUGUAAUCCAACCAAUCCGAGGGAGCUUUGGGAACGUUUUGAGCAAGAUAUGUCAGCUGAUUUCAAAUCAACAGAAGAUUCUAUAUCAAAUGUAAGAACCCAAGUAUUGAGGUCAAUCUCUUUUACAAUUGAAUCAAUGGGGAAAGACAUUAAUUCCUACCAUCUUCUUGAUGACAACAUUUGCUUCGAUGAAGAAGAAUUUCAAUCUAGAGAAAUCGAUGAUGAAUUGGCUGUUGAAAUUCCAGAAGAAGAUAUUGCUGCAUCACAAUUUCUUAAUAGUGAACAACAACAUGUCUAUAACACAGUGCUGGAAAAAGUAUUUGCAAACCAAAAUGUUGCAUUCUUUGUAGAUGGCCCAGGUGGGACAGAGCACUUCUCGCAACAGUACGAUCAAGAAAAUUAG